AUGGCAGCAGACAAGUCCAGUUCAUCUGGCUGCAAUCUUCCGCCCGAGAAGGUCUUUUCGAUUCAGAUCGGGACAGAGCUUUUCCGGCUCUCGGGCGCGUCAAUUGCUUCUGAUGGUUAUCAUGUCCAACCAAAAGAUGGGUCCCAAUUUGUGAAGUUAUUCGCGGACUCGCAAUUCUACAGCUUACCCCGGCUGAUGUCCCAAUUGUUCGAGUCCGAGAUCAUUAUUCAAAUCGGCGACCGCCAUUUCCAAAUACCCCGGGAUAUCUUCUCCAACUCAGGCGACUCACCUAACUUCUUCUCUCUCGGCUUUGCAGCCUUCUUUGCGUCUCCCGCUGAAGUCUUCCCCGGGUUGGACCGGCGAGGCCUUCUCCGACCUCCUGCUAUUGUUCCUCCGAGUGUCCCAAACCGCGAUGGAGAAGUCUUCGCGCAGCUUCUGCAUCUGCUCCGUGGCUACCCCCUUCACAUUCAAAACGAGGCCCACCGUACUGAACUUCUCCGCGACUGUCGCUACUUUCACCUCCGGGGGCUUGAACAGAAGCUCAUUCCGCACCACAUCAGUGUUAACCCCAUUCGCGGCCGGUCCGAGAUCAUUAUCCGCCUCGAAGAUGUCCGUCGAUCUGGCAUCGACAUCGAAACAGACAACGACGAUGAUACCCGGGUAACAUACUCGCGGCCUUUUGUGGACGAACCAGCGCACGAUCUAGUCCUCGAAAUUGGCGAUGAAAACACCCUCAUCGACCUGCGGAGCAUGCGCCCCAAGUUUCUGAACCUCACCAACGCGCGCGUCGCCAGUCUCCUUCAGAUCAUCGUGGAUAAGAGGAACAGUCAGCCGUCAUCAGGUUCUUCCCACCAGAGAACCCCAAGUGCUACCAUCCAGCACCCGAUCCGUAUACAAAUCGAAGAUGAAGCAGAUCUCACCGUGGACGGUGAGCAACAGCUCUUUUUCGACCAGUUCACGGGCCAAAGUCACGUUCCUGACUUUGCGUCAGUCGAACCACAGACAAAACGGCGACGAGUGGAAGGAUCGCAAUUCGGGAAUACUGGAGGAGGAGGUCCUACCUGGAUCGUGCGAAACGGUCAGUGGCGCAUUUCAAUGCAGCCAGGUUCGUCACAGGACAGUCCAGAGUUUGUGAUGGCAGCUGUUAAAUUGGAUGUGUAUACGAGCCAGAGAAUGCGGAAUAAGCGGCAGGCUUUUCUCGGUUCUUAA